AUGGACCUCAACACCCUAGACAAUCACCAUCCUGGUACUCUUGAAGUACUCCAGGAGCUCAAUUUGAGCAACAACCCGCUAGCUGGCUAUGCACCCGAGUUCGAAGAGGAAGACGAAGAAAAUGAGAACCAAGUUGUUUAUGAAAGCAAGGUGGACACCAGUCAAAACACCCAAAAUGCAGAGGAUAUGUUCAUGCUCCAGAAAACUGAAGACUCAGAAGGCAAUUCCGCUCCUUCCGCUUCAGAUGAGCUUUCAGUUGAGAAUUCUACCGGAAGCGACUCCCAGAGCAUCCAAUACGACCAGAAACCAAUCCUAUCCCUAGAACCUCAGCAAGCUUCAGUUCCUUCUGUUCCCUCAGUUGCAUCCUCUAUCCCAUCAGCGAACGGGAAUUUCGUCGUUUACGACGAUGAAAACAACGUCUUUGAUGUCAAAACACAUACAGAGCAAAUCGAUGAUGUCCAGAGUUACGAACUUGCUCCAGUUGAUGAUAGACAAGUGAUUUCUAUUCCCGAUAAUAUGGAAAUUCAAAAGACAGCAGAGGAACUCAAUGACAGUAAAUUCCAUGUCUUUCAGCUCCAGGAUGUCAUCGAAAACGUCCACCGCACCGAAAACUUCAGAGAACAAAUGAUCGGCUCUCUGAAGCUUAAUAUGGCGAGCCAACAGAGAAUAAAAGAUGUCAUCAAGAGACUUGGCAUUCGACUAUCGGCGGUCAAAGAGCGUCACAUGGUCGUCUUUGGGAUGAUUAACGGUGUUUCGGACAGAAAUCGGGGGAGGAAGAGCAUGAAUUUGCCGAUGUUCAGCAAUGGCUACUUUUGUCAGUCGGAUACCGGUUGGCGCGUCCCACCGGGCGUAAGCGAUAACGACUUGGAGAAACAGAAGAUAUGUGAGCCCUUCGAGUCGGUCAACCAAGAUCCUCCAAGAAAAUGGUCGCCGGAAGAAGACAGAGCCUUGAAGAAGGGUGUUAUCGAGGCAGCUUCAAGACCCGUCCUGAGAACAGUAAGGCAGUCAAUGAAAAAGGCUCAGAAAGAAUCGAUGGACUCGAAGCUCAAAAAACUCAACACAGAUCUCCACAAGCUCAGCAAACAAUCCGAAAGAGAUCUGAUCGGUGGAAGACAUCAGGAAUACGAUUGGGAAGUCACUUCGAUUACCCAUCUAAAGAGUCUGAGAACUCCUGACGAGUGUCGAUUAAGAUGGUCAAACGCGGCACAUUUAGAUAUCAAGCGAUCGCACUGGUCAAGCGAUGAGAAAAAGAACCUGCGAAAGUGGGUUAAGAAAUUCGGCGAAACUGGAUGUUGGAGGAAAAUCUCCGAAAAGAUGGUCAGCAGAACUGCCAUUCAGUGUUGCGUCCAGUGGACUAAAAUGCAGCAGGACGAAGAAAAGGGAAGACCGUGGACGAAAGAAGAAGAUAGAAUUCUGCUCAAAGCAGUUGAAGAAAGUCAACUUCAUGAAGACGGUCAUUUGGGAGUUAGCUGGAACACGGUAGCUGCUCAAAUCAACGGAAGAACACCGCAGCAAUGUACACACCGCUGGAAGAAGUCUGUCGAUCCAAAGAUCAAGCGAGGCGGCUGGGACAUUAGGGAGGACGUGAAACUCCUCCGCGCUGUUCAAGAAAUGGGAGAAGAGUGGGCGCGGAUCCGAGACUCAAAAGUGCUCGAAGAUGCGGAUGGGAGCUUCAGAACUGACAUGCAGAUGCGUGAUCGUUAUCACAACGCUCUGAGCCAUGGGCAUAUUCGAGGACCUUGGACGCAAGAGGAAGAUAAACUUCUUGAAGAAGGCCAUAAAAUUUAUGGAAAUCAGUGGACGAUGGUUGCUUUGCAUGUACAAACGCGUAACGAUGGUCAGUGCCUGAAACGAUGGCAUCUAAGAGAAGAUCAUAUUGCGAGGAAAAAGCCCAUCCCGUACAUAAAAUCGACAAAAGCAUGUAAAGUUGAGAAGAUUCGCACGCUCAAGAAAGCGAUCGCACUGGAAGCUCACGAAAAAGCCUGCCACAAGCAAGUCGCUCGUGAUCCAAAUCUUGUCAUCUUGAACAGGGACAUUUAUCAUAAAGAUCCUGCUACACUUGUGGAGCAGAACAAAGAUGCGAUGUUCAACAUGUAUCCAGACCUUUAUGGAAGAGAAAAGAACCCUCUACCUGCGCUUCUGGCACCUGAGAAUACUGACAAUUCGUGCACAGCGCUGGUACCCAAGAAGCUGGAUGACAAGGGCUACCAGCCAGAUACAUUCAAACGCUUCCAGGAUGUCAUCUCUCGAAUGCGUAACAAGGGCAAAGCGGCAGAAAACGGGCUUUUCUUCAAACACAUCAUCGGAAAUCUCAAAUUCAAGAACUGGAAAGGACAGCAUUUUGGGAAACUUUUACGAACUGCUGACAAAUGCAAGGACCCAAACGUCUGGAUUCCCCCCUCUGCUGUACCGAUGAAACUCACUGAGAUGCUCUUUGAUUCGGUGGAGAGAAAGAAGAUUGAAACAAGAGCGCAAUUUUUAAGUAACCGACCUAGUGUCGAGAGAAGACGACGAAAUCAACUAAAGGCAAUUCUAAAAAUGACACUUUCGGCCUCUGUUGCCUUGCGAACAGCGGCUCCAGAAGUAACGAUGAUGGAAGGUGAUCCUGAAACACUAGAGGCCGAGCUAAACUCAGCCAUGCAGAGCGGUGGCAACGAAUAUGCUGAGCCUCGAAUGGCUUCUGAACAACCCGACCCCACAUACGAGAAUUAUUCCAACUUUUCCGGAAACUUACCCAUUCCAAUGAAUCACUAUACACCGCUUGCUUGUUUGCCAGGGCCGAGUUCCAGACCUGAUUUCGAGGCUGAACCUCUCUCGAAUGAAACUCUCCGCGUUGGAGGUCGAUAUGUACUCCUCGAUGAAAGAGAUCAAGAACGCACUGCUGUUGAGCUGGAUCAAAUGUUCGACGCCGUGAUGAGAGCCAUGUUGGCGAAGGCAGGAACUUUAUCCUUUUUGGCCUCGGUCAGCGCAGUAAACGUCGAUGUAUCUUCUUGCGUUGGAUAUACUGUCGAAGUAGAUAAUAACUACCGUUUCAUUCAUGAAGACGACUCAUCAGUCACUAUCCAGAUUUUGAAUGUGUUCAGCACUGAUCCUCAGGACCCAUCUUAUCUCGGAGCAGAUGGUGUUCUUCGCCUCACAUUUCCAUCCCUUCCAGCUAUCGAUUCUUAUUCCUUUGGAUACCCUAUUGAUAGCGUCACAGAGGACGGAAACUCUCUCAAUUUCGAGCUAGCGGAUGCUGCCGUAGGAAGCUUCAUCCUCGCGUCUAGCUUUACUGCAAACUACGUUCUUCCUCGACCCCAGGAGCAACUAGUUCCAUCAACAAUGGAAUACUGCCAGAGUACCGUGGAACCAACAGAUCCACCACUGACCAUCGAUUCUUGUAUUCAGGAGAAAAUGGACGCAAAAUGUGCCCAAACAAAUAAAGCUGCUUGUCCCAACUUUGAAUACGCUAGGUUUAAUAUCGAGACCGGAAAAUAUCGAUGCUAUGAAAGUGUUUCGAACGAUUUCAUCGUCAGCUCUUGCUUCGACUCUGAGAAUAACCGAGUUGAUUGCGCUUCUUAUGGACCGGACACUCCAUUUUGCAACCUUCCUAAUCUCGCUGAUAUUCGAACAGAGGGUUGUGAUGCUCCCCCAGAAGAGUGCUGUGUUGACCACACCGAUGAUAUCACCAUCUCCAACACUUGGGCAUCCCAGUCUUGCAAUAAUCAGUGUAUGACUUUGACCAGUACAAACACAGAUUCAUCUGCUGGAAAGAAAAUCACUGUUCAGUUUGAUGAUCUGGUCGAAUUUCCAUCCGUUCUUCCUUAUCCAAUCGACUUCGUUUCAAAUCUAGGUGGUAACAAGUUUGAGAUCAACUUCCUCGCCGACCAAGACAAUCCGAUGUCAUUCAACAUCAAUUUGGAUGGACUUGCUUCUCAAGUAAUUGAAGUCUUCGUUUGCGGUGAAUGCGUUGAGACAACAACAUCAACAACUGUUGCGUCGACAACAACGACUACUGAAGCUGGUCAGACAACUACUACAGGUGCGCCAAGUCCAGUUGGAUGCUUCCCAGUUCCUGGGUUCAGUUACACGCAGGUCGAAAAGUGGCUCGAGGGAGAACAGUUCAAAAUCUCAGCUGAGUUUGAUGAUGAUGUUCAUGCCAACUCUGGAAUUCGAGAUGAGAGCUACUUGAAAGUGACUUUUGACAAUAUUCCCGACGGAACAGAUCUUCAAGCAUACUGGCCAUUCGAAACUGGUACCAUCAGUGGAAAUUCCAUCGACUUUUCUGUGGUCGAUUAUGUUUCAGGAACAAAUGUCGCCAACCUUGAGUUUCAGCUUCGAUUUUCCAGCCAAAUUUCUGAAUCUUUGACUCUGAACUCAUUGGAAAUUUGCCACGAGAGCAGUCCAACUGAAGGGCCACCGAUUACAUCUCCCCUUACUGAUAGUUCUUUCUGUGAGGAUGCAACGCUUUCUAUGAAACAAGCGUGGACUGCUCGCGGUUUCAUGGAUCUCUAUCUUAAUCACAAUGUCCAAGAGACCUAUGUCACUGGUGAUUACAUUGAAGUUGGUUUUGAUGGACCUAUUGGAGUCCAACAGGUCUACUAUCCAUGGUCUCAAGACCAGUUUGAGGAUAUGGGAAACAAUAUCUAUCGAUUUUUCAUUGUUAACGGAGUAACCAACUGGACGGGAUCAAAAGUCGAUCAUGUUUUCGGACAAUUUAGUUUUGUUGGAUCGGCAGAGCAUUACCCUGACGUUCUCUGGACGCAGAUCUGCGACAAAAAUGGAGUUGAUGGUAGCACAACGACAACUGUUGAACCCACGGGCCCACCCACUGGAUGCCAAGAAGUAACAGUUACGCUCGAAUCAUCCUGGAGAUCUUCUACUGGCGAAUUCAAUAUCGAGCCUUUUGUCGCUGAUCCACCUAUCACAAAAGAUGGCUAUCUUGAUAUUCAGUUCUCUGGCCCACUAACAUUCACUUCGGUUUAUGAUCCCUUCAAUGCAAAUAAUAUGGAGGAUCUCGGAAACAACAAAUAUCGCUUCUUCAUGGAUAGUAACGAAUGGUUCCAAGGAUGGUCAGGCGCCUUUGCAGGCAUGGAUCCCAUGGGCCAAGCGACUUUCUCAGGCGCGGCUGGUAAUUUCCCUACUGCUGUCAGCGCUUCUAUCUGUACUGGUACUGAUCCAACAACUACUACACCUACUACAACAACCACAACUCCGACGACAACAACUACUACCACUACUACCACAACCACCUCAACUACUACUAAAACAACAACUACGACUCCAACAACCACGACAACGACUCCAACAACCACGACAACCACGCCAACAACUACGACGACCACACCAACAACGACUUCAACGACAGAUGAAUCAACAACGCCAUCUCCAGAUCUUGUCUGCCAAGACGUUCUUGUUGCCGCCCAAAACUUCUGGACAGAUGCAGGCAUCGGCCAGGCGCAGUUUUACAUCCAGUCUCGGGUUUUGGAACAUGCUAUUCCUAGUGAUGGCUAUCUUGAAAUUGAGUUCAGCAAGGCAGUAACCGUUGAGGAUUUGUCUCAUCCUUUCGAAGAAUCCGAUCCAGCUGGACUUUACAGCUACCUAUCCGACUCCAAAAUCAGAGCUCACUUCGACUCUACUGAUUUCCCCGGCUGGACUGGUGAAGUUCCAGAUACUUACUUUGGACUGAUGAGCUUCGCUGGUGAAGCAACCCCAGAAAAUCUUCCCUCCGUUCUUUCCGCAAAACUUUGUUUUGGUGAUGAUUCUUCUACUUCAACAACUGUUGGCUCAACGACUACGAAUGAACCACCAACGAAUCCCCCAGGAAUGACAGAUGCUUCUCUCUGCGAUUCCCUCGAGGUCUGGGUAGAUUCAUCUUGGGUCCAACGUGGAUGGAUGAACAUUCGCAUGUCUAGCGAUGCUCUCACAAGAAACUACGAACCGAACGACUAUAUCGAGAUCCUUUUCUCUAAAGGCGUAACAUUUGAGAGGGUAUGGAAUCCACUGAAGGAAAGCCUCAAUAAAGUUGAAGAUCUUGGGGACUUCGCUCAUCGAUUGUUUUUCUGGUGGCAAUUUCAUGGAUACACUGCACCUUCCUUUGAACCGGUAUCUAUUGCUCAACUGAGCUACACAGGUAACGCAGCGAAUUACCCGGAAAUUAUUGCUGCUCAAAUCUGCCCUAAAUCCGCACUCCCUCCAGCUCAGUACUACCCAACUAAUCAGUGGGGAAACCAAUACCAAGGUACGAAUACAGGAUCAAUAGGAGUAGUUCAACAACAACAGCAAGGUUCUCAAAACAGAUGGGGUCAAGGUAUGGGUAGCCAUCUUCAGGAAGUCGUCGGUCCACAUAUCCCCGAAAAAUGCUUCAUGCGAGAUGUUGACAUUGACGGAAACAUCUGGAGAAGCAACGUUGUUGCCGAUGCUACUCGAGUUUAUUCCGCUGCUGCUUGCCAGCAAUCCUGCAAAGAAUUCGUCAACGCCGGCUGCGAGUGGUUCGUCUGGGAGCGCGACUCAAACGAAUGCACUUUGUACAAGGAUAUCGAGGAGAUUGAACAUGAUGUCGACAGCGACGUUAAGUUCACUGGCCCACGAGAUGGUUGCCUUGGUUGCCACUUGGAAGGUUUCGAUUUUUACCAACGACAUGGACGUAACAGCCUCGUUGGCUAUCAAAGAAUCGAGACUGUCCAGAGCGUUUUUGAAUGCGCGGAAAUUUGUGAAUACGCUGAUGAGUGCGAAUAUGUGACCUUUGACAAGUCGCGCAAGUUUUGCUACCUUAAAUCACCCGAAGCCCGCCGCUACCAAGAAUCCAAUCCCGAUUUUGAUAGCGCCGAAAGUGGAUGCAGCAAUUCUUACUGCGUCAUGAUGAAUUCUGAGCUCACCGAUAGCAUGUGGUCUAACUUUGACGUUGUAACUCGAGCACCAAAUGGUGGUGUUGAAGGUGUCCGAAGCGACGAUGAUUGCCACCGAAUCUGCAGAAAUGUGAUGGACUGUGAAUUCUGGACCUACGACACUGAUGAUCGUAUUUGCUACCUUCUCAAAAAUGCGGACAUGCUCGAAUAUUCCUCGGACAAGAUUUCUGGCAAGAAAGACUGCAUCGUUCGACAUGGACAUUGA